GUCUCGCUCCGGGAGCUUAAAGAAAGUUCGUUUACACGGCUCCAGUUGUGAUAUGUGCGUGAUUGCGUCGUGCUGUGACUCUCUACACUGCAGCUUUUGCUGCCACAGGUUGCUGUUACAGUUGGCUCCAGAAACUGUUGUCUCAGAUGAAAUAUGAAGAUGCAGAGGACAAAGAAAAAAACACUAAAAUGUGAAAAGAGGUUCACCCCUCCGUAAAUCAACAGUUCGUUCACCGUAAGCAAGUUUUGGACAAUACGCCGCUAUGUUGCCUACAAAUGUUAUGUCUUUUAUGAAAAAAAUAUCUUCUGUGUGUAAUGACCAGUUCAGUUUUGGAUCUAACCAUACUCCUAGGAACUUAACUCCACCUUGCUCUACUUCCCUUCUAAAAAUGGUGGCGGCCGAACCCGGAGCUGGAAAUACCGCCGCCGAAGCGGCCGACGGGGGAACAACAUUCGGAAAACUGAGACAAACACUUUCUUCCUCUCUCCUGACGGCUCAAGAUAAAGUAACAAAAAUGUCGCCUAGACCAUCAUUAAUACCCGAUAUCGAGCCGCCUGCUCCCGUCGAAGAGAAGCCACCUGUAACGACGGCUCCUCCAACUCCUCCUGUAGCUAAGCCAGAGCCCGGUAAACCCCCAAGCAGAGCCGGAGCGUGCCGGGUGUGUCUGAAGGCUUUCAAACCCGACGAUUUCAGCAGAACGUGUGCCGAAUGCACACAGCGUGUAUGCGAAGACUGCGCCAGCUACAGCAAACUCGCCGAAGACGAAGAUCCUGCCAACUGGACUUGCAGCGUUUGUAGAAGGAAAUUGCAAUCAAGAGCGGCAUUGGCUCAAGACUCAUCGGAGAGUUUGUUGGACGUUCCUAUACAAGAAUUACAGAGAAGGCAUUCCGAAGCGAGGUUAGGCUCAGGGGGUGGCUUACCGACGGGGAUGGGGAGCGGUUUAGCCCCACCUCGUAGUCCGGAACUUAGAAGGCACUCGGAUGUGUCCCCUGCUUCGCUCAAGGAACUGGAAAAGUUAAAAGGCGGUGGCUCGAAGACUCCCGACCCCGAUUGGACCAAGGGCCGUGGCGGCCGCAGUACCGCUUGCAGUCGCCAGAACAGCCCCCCUCGUGAAACAGCCCCCGUAAUUCAAGCUCCACGAUCACGUAGAGGUUCCAGAGUAGCAAGACAACAUAGUUACGACGACGAAGUAAAAAGUACUCUCGCACCGACUACGACCACCGAAGGUGGUUUGGGUUUACCUGCCCCCAUGCCCAGAAGGGCUUCCGCUUACGAUGUCUAUGCUGUCCCGGGUUUAAGUACUGUGACAGCUCCUACCAACGUUGGAAGACGGCCGUCAUUUAGAGUAGCUGCAGCUGAAACGACCAGUCCUCCCAGUCCUGAAACUGCUCCCACAACCUUAACGUUGAUAGCCCCAGAAGAGGACAGACGGACAAGGAGGCGAGGAUCUCAACUACCGGACAUCGCAGGACUGCGUACAAUGGGGACCCCUCGACCGACGCCAGCGUUAGAGGAUUUAGAAGCAGCCCCCAGGCGCCAAGCGUCGGUGGACGCGGAGGCCAUCCGAAUCGUCAUCCACGACGUGGAUUCUGGCUCGGCAGCCGCCGCCCAGAAACGAGUCAUCCUCCGGAGAGAUCCCACCGAUAAAGCACACCGAACUCGAGGGUUCGGAAUGCGCGUAGUGGGCGGCAAAACAGCACCUGAUGGUCGUCUUUUCGCCUACAUUGUAUGGACCGUCCCUGGCGGUCCUGCCGAGAAGGGAGGCUUACAACAGGGCGAUAAAGUGCUUGAAUGGGGAGGCGUUUCUCUCAUCGACCGUUCGUUUGAGGAAGUAUGUUCCAUAAUGGACCGCACAGGUGACAUGGUCGAACUUCUGGUCGAACACGCGACCGACCUGAGAAUGUGCGACCUUCUAGACGACCCCAUCCCUCCCAAUGUCGGACGGAAACCUUCAGAUGCUGCGAUAACGGCGCUACAUGUCGAACCAGAAAAUGAAAAAACGCCUUCAUCGCCGACAAGACGGAAACUUCCUAAAACGCCGGAACAACUCGCAAGAGAACGGGCCGUAUCAGGAAGAAUACAAAUUCAGGUCUGGUAUCAUGAUGAAAGAAAAGAAUUGGUGGUCGCAGUCUUGGCAGCAGAUGAUUUGGCCCCACGAGACGAAAGUCUCGGUUUUGGAUCACUUCCCGAAGCUUACGCUCGCCUAUGUUUAAUGCCUUUAACAACGGAAGAACACUGUGUCCAAACGGAAGUCGCCCCGGCCAGUCAAAACCCCAUUUGGAAUGCGAAUUUAAGUUUUCCCGGAGUUCCUGGUGACGAACUCAUGGAACGUGUUUUAGAAAUAACUCUAUGGGACUUGAUUCCUCACAACGAACACGCUUUCUUAGGCGAGUGUUCAGUGGACCUGCAAAAAGCCUUUCUGGACGAUCGUGCGGUCUGGUGCCGAUUGGAGGACCCCCGACAAUUGCGCGGCAAAUCUCCUCACACGUCCCCAAGAGGCUCGUUAACUGGUGCAAAACGUGAGUUUGGACUACAGAGAAGCAUCUCCGACGACGUGGAUUCGAUAGGAGAAUGUGCAAGCCUUCUGCAUCCCGACCACGCCUGGGGAUCGAGACGCGGCUCCAGUCAGUCUGAACAACUGGAAGUCGAAGUUUACCAACUAGGAAAAGACUUCUCAAGGUCGCUACCGGGUUCUAGAAGAUCGUCUUUUCAGUCAGCUCAAGAACAGGCUGAGCAAGAGGCUCCUGCUGCUCCACCUCCGCCGUCGUACAGCAGAGAUAGAAGAAGAAGCAGCUGCACUAGGAUGUUGAGGGACCCAGAAGAAAUACUCAAGUCGCUUAAAGCCGUAAAAGGAGAACUGGGAAGGACAAUGAGCUUGUCCGCGGAGAAAAGACACAGACGCUCGAGUAGCGGCGUCUCAAACAGAGAAGGUCGCAAAGACAGCGUGAUGGAAAUAGCGGAGACCGGCAAAGAGAACAGCCCCCCUUCGAGCCCCGAACGCACGUCCCCGCCCCGACUGGGCCCCGGCCAGAUCAAGCCCCGCGGCUUCCGCCUGUCGAGCACGCGGCCGGUGGAGCUGAAGCUGGGCCUGCUCAUGACCAAGGGGCAGCUGGAGGUGGAGGUGGUGUGCGCGAGGCACAUAGCCCCCCGCGAGACGCCACCAGACACCUACGUCAAGUGCUACCUCAGGGACGGCGAGCGCUGGCUGCAGAAGAAGAAAACUCGGGUGGUGCGGCACUCCUGCGAGCCCCUAUUCAGGCAGACCCUCAAGUACCAGGCCUGCGACGUACUAGGCAGAAGCCUGGUCGUCAUGCUGUGGGAGCGACAAGGGGGGUUCGAACACAACCAGGGGCUCGGCGGGGCCGAGGUGGCCCUGGACUCCUUGACGCUCACGCACCUCACGACAGGCUGGUACCCGCUUUUUCCCAUUCACUCGCUAGGCUCGGACUCCAACGACUCGCCUUGACCUGCUCCAGAUACCCCUCCUGAGGAUCCCAUAGAUUGAAUGACAGUGUUAGAGCAAGAUUCCUGAUAGACGUAACUUCCCCAUCCUGCUUGCUUUCAUUCACGCUUUCGUAUACUUGAGUGGUGUGCGAGAUAACUUCCUAAUUGAGUUCAUUGCGAAUUAUUGUACUUGCUACAGUACAGUGUAAUGUAGAUUUCUGUGCUUUCAUCUUCCUUUUGUAUUCAUGCAGAUCGGCCAAUUCUGCCUUGCAACACGUAGCACAUCAGUGAUCACAAAUUGUUUAAAAAGAUGGGUAGCUCAUUGUAAAAUUUCGUCAAAAACUUUAUAUUGUUUGCGUGUUUAAGUUUAAGCUAUGCGGUGCAAGUUGUUUGUCGUUGUCACUUUUAUUAUGUUACGAGUAGCCCAGUCAAUCCGGCGUUAAACAAGUGUUAAUACUUAACCAAAACAACAAAAUAAAAAAAUAACUCUUAAAAACUCUGAAAUUGGUUAAGAUCCGCUGCGACGGUCGACGCACUAUUCCCGUCUUCGCGCGAACCGAACUGAUUCCUACGCCAACUGUGUUAUGAGCUGAACUACAUUGAAAAAACU